AUUCGUUCACGAAUCACCGGUAGUUGCGACUCAUUUUAUCUUCACAGACAUGAAUGCGCGUUUAGUUUUCUUGUGUGUUCAGUUUUAUUAACCUGUCAGUACUGUUUAAUCAAUCGGUCCAAGGCUAACGACAUAAAUUGCACGAAAAUAGGUUGAAAAUGCUUUAUAUGAAACAUUUUAGCUUGACGUUUUGUUUUUAAAAAUAUUAGUACUGUGAGUGUUAGUGGUUUGUUUUCUCUUAUAAACAAUCAUUGGAAGACAAUAUCACAAUUAUAAUGGCAAGUGUGCUUGUUGAUUUGGAUGUUGAGAGUCUUGCUCCAGAGGUCCAUAAAGAAGACAAACUUGACUUUUCAGCAACAAGGAAACUGUACUCUUAUGUAAAGAAAAGGACGUUUGCAGCAUUUGUGGCUUCCAAGAAAGUUCCUCCAACCUGUGAAAACACCUCACCAGCUCUUUGGCAGUGUUGUGAACAGUCAUUCAAAGAGCCAUCAUCAAUCCACAAACAUGUUGCCAACAGCCAUGCCAGUGAGAUUCACCAGCUGACCACUGAGACGCUGGACGAGAUGCUUCAGCAGGCUCACAGCCAGGACUCUAUGGAAGAGUCCAUUAAUGAAGAAUCAACAGAUGUAACAUCCUGGAUCCCUGAUACAAGCCAUGUUCCAGAGGAUGACCUUAUCAAGGGUCCAGGUGAAGUUCUGCUGUAUUACUGCUACUGUCAAAUAAAUGAUCCUCAGAUCAUUUGUCAGUGGCAGAAAGAGCUUUGUUCAAAACUUCAACUAACAGGCAAGGUACGAGUGGCUACUGAGGGUAUCAAUGGUACAGUUGGUGGCACCAAAACUGCCACUAAUCUUUAUGUCAAGGCAAUGCUGUCACAUCCAACCUUCAAAAUAAUGCAAGUACAGGAUUUCAAGAAAAGUGAAGGAGGUGCAGAGUGUUUUUCUGAUCUGAAGGUUGGUGUUUACAAAGAAAUUGUUCCUAUGGGUGUAGAUCCGGACAUCAUCUCCUACAGAUUGGCUGGAAUACACUUGGAACCAGAGGAAUUUCACAAAGAAGUGAAGGCGUUUGUGGAGAAUCAGUCCUCAAAUAGUGAUACAAUACUGCUGGACUGCAGAAACUUCUAUGAGAGCAAAAUUGUAAGUAGUUUAAAAGUCAAUGUCAGAACUUUAUUUAUGUUACAGUUAAUAGUUGUCUGUUCUCAGGGUCAGUUUGAUCAGUGUUUGGCCCCCGACAUCCGGAAAUUCAGUUACUUCCCAGACUACGUGGAUAAGAAUUUGGAUCUCUUUCGGGACAAAAAGGUUCUGAUGUACUGUACAGGGGGCAUCCGCUGUGAACGGGGCUCAGCUUAUCUCAGAUCAAAAAAUGUAUGCAAGGAGGUGUACCAGCUGAAGGGAGGUAUUCACAAAUACCUAGAGCAGUUCCCCGAUGGCUUCUAUCGCGGUAAACUCUUUGUGUUUGAUGAACGUUAUGCCAUUGCAUUCAAUCAGGACAUCAUCUCAGAGUGCAGAUAUUGCAAUUGCCCAUGGGAUCAAUAUCAGCUGUGCUCCACAGACUUCUGCUGCCAGCUGGUGCUGUCGUGCACCACCUGCAGAAAGAGCGGGCUGACAGCCUGCUGUCCUGUGUGCCAAGCCAAAGAGCAAAACCACAGUGACGUCUCCUCUGAUGGGCUUCCUCAUCGAGAGGAGUGCGAAUGCACAAUGUCGCGACCCAGAAUCCCCAAAGAUACACUAUGACAAACUCAAUGAGUUGAAAAUCAUCUCAGAUGGCCUGUAACCUUGUGAUUUUUGAUCAUGCUUUUUUAAUAACUUGAAACUGUUGUACCAAUUUGGUCAUGCUUUUAAAACUGGACUCAAUGCAAAUCUUCAAUAAAAUGUAAAUUAUUUGCA